AUGCUUUUAAGCCAGAAUGCCUCUGUGAUCAGACCUCUUAAUUUGUAUCCCUGGAUGUACAUCAGCCUUGUGUUUGGUACUUCACACGCUUUGUCUGAAAGUGCAGAUGAGCCUUGCAUUUUCAAGAUGACGCUACAAAAUUUCCAGUUGACUUUAUCAUGGGAAUUGAAAAACCAUUCCAUUGUACCAACUCACUAUACAUUAUGGUACACAAUCGGGAGUAAACGAGAAGACAUGAAGAUUGUUGAGCAUUGUAUAAAUAUUACAAAAUCAUCUUGUAACCUAACAGCUUUGUGGGACAACGUGCAUGAGACCUACAUCCCCAAAAUAGUGGGAUAUAAAAGGAACACAGAGCUGGUCAGAUGUAAGGGCAGUAUCUUCUUGGACACGGACAUAUCAUUUGAACCAGUGGACUUUGAGAUUUUUGGCUCCAAGGACCACAUUAAUGUGAUAGUGAAAUUUCCAUCCUACCCUCCCAAGAUAAUAAAUGUGGGAAUAUUACAGCGUUAUUUUUCGCUCGUCAUUGAACUGCAAUCAGGGGAGAUUGUGAAGAAGCAUAAACCCAAAAUAAAUGGAAACAUUACUGGAAAUAUCAAUUAUAUCAUUGACAAGUUAAUUCCAAACACAAAUUACUGUGUAUCAGUUUAUUUUGAGCCUACAUACCAGGAAACAGUCACAAGAGCCCCCUUAAAAUGUAUCCUCCUUCCUGACCAGGAAUCAGAGUCAUCAGAAUCUGUCAAAAUAGGAGGAAUAAUCACUAUAUUUUUAAUAGCAGCUUUCUUCACAAGCAGCAUAAUAACACUGAAACGGAGUGGUUAUUUAUGCUUAAAAAAUGAUUUCCCCGGUGCUUUGAAUUUUCAUAACUGGGCAGCCUGGAUAUUUCCCAAGCCACUGCCAUUGGAAACAGUGGACAUAGUGGAGGUCAUUUAUAUCAACCAAAAGAAGAAAGUGUGGAACUACAAUUAUGACGACAGUGACAGCGAGGGUGAAAUAGCCCCUAGAACAAGUGCCGGUGGUUACACUAUGCGUGGACUAAUUGGCAAGCCCCCAACUCAGUCCUUCAUCUCCUUGUCUACCUCUGAAGAGUUGCACUUUAUAGACCCAGAUGCAGAUGAAUUUGAGCUGCCAGAGGUCAAGGCUGAUUCUCCACCAGUACCAGGGCCCGGAUCUGGGCAGUCAGAAUGCUCAAGUGGACCCUACAAAAGGAGGGAGAGUCUGCUUCAGGACUCCUUUUCUGAGGAUGAUAGCAGCUCCACUGAGGGGUCUGGGGACAGAGUAAUCUUCAAUGUGGAUUUAAACUCUGUAUUUGUGAGGCCCCUUGAUGAUGACAAAGGCAUCCCUCCAGUGCCAUUAUCUCUUCAGGAAGAGACAGUUGACCUAGAAGACACCACAGAGAUGGAAUCAAGCUUUCUCGUUCUCAGGGAGGAGGGGACAAAGUCCCCCUCUGAAGAGUGCCUGUCCUCUGAUGAUGCUCCUUCCGAGAAAAGCGACACCUCUGAGUCGGAUGUAGACAUCAGGGAUGGUUAUAUAAUGAGAUGA